AAAGCCCGCCGGCUGGGAUACAAGGCCAAGCAGGGCUACGUCAUCUACCGCAUACGUGUGCGCCGUGGAGGCCGCAAGCGCCCCGUGCCUAAAGGUGCCACCUACGGCAAACCCGUGCACCACGGCAUCAACCAGAUCAAGUUUGCACGCAGCCUGCAGUCCGUAGCCGAGGUAUGCGAGCAGCCUGAGAGGCGAGCUUGCUCUCUAGCAUCUCGCUGCUUCGUUCAGUGAAAGUGAUCGACAAUG